AUGACAAAAAAUCUAUAUGUAACCACGAAAAGCCUACUGUGGGCAACUAGAGAGCCUACUAUUAAGGACAAAGAACUUACUCCUAAUAUUAAGGACAAAAAACUUACUGCGAUGACUUUAACAACAAUAACAACUGCUUCAAAUGUGACAACAUCAGCAGCGAUUCACGAUAGCAAUGCUACAAAAAAUUAA